AUGAACUUCGAGCUUCCUAGUGACGUUCAGGAUUUUUUAUCUCGCAUUGAUACGUUUAUCAACGAGACUAUACUGCCUCUUCAGCAAGCAGAUGACAACAAUCGGUUCUUUGACUACCGUCGGGAGGCUUCACGCACACAGUGGGAUAACGAAGGGCUGCCCACCAAGGAGUGGGAGGUCUUGCUUGGCAAGGCCAAAACAUUGGCAGACGCCGCAGGUUUCUACCGUUUUGCCGUCCCAAAGGAGUAUGGUGGUUCCGGGAGCAGCUCACUGAACCUGCAUAUGUGUGCAGUUCGGUACCACUUAACUUCCCACCCGGUUUACGGAGGAGGUGUGAGUCUGGCGAACGAUUUACAAAGCGAACAUAGCAUUGUCGGCAACAUCCCAUUCAUCAUCUUGAUCUAUCACUACGGUACUCAGGAGCAAAAGGACAAGCUCAUUCCGGCUACUCUUAGUGGUGAAGUGAAAGCCACCUUUGGGCUAACCGAGAUCCAUCAUGGAUCAGACGCCACACAUAUGGAUACGGUAGCUAGACGAAUCACCCUACCUACUGGCGAGCCUGGGUACGAGAUCGACGGCAAUAAGAAGUGGCAGACGGGGAUGCACCACGCCAGCCACCUCAUUGUGUUUGCCCGGACGUCGGGUAAGGCAGGCGACGCGAAGGGGAUUACCGCUUUUCUUGUGCCGCGCCAUACCCCCGGCGUGGAAGUAGCUUCGUAUGAGUGGACUCUCAAUAUGCCCACAGACCAUGCGACAGUGAUCCUCGAUAAUGUCCGCGUGCCAGCAUCUGCUAUACUUGGCCCUGUCGACAACGGUCUUGCGAUAGCGCAGUCCUUCACCCAUGAAAACAGGAUCCGCCAGGCUGCGUCGAGCUGUGGCGCAGCAAGAUACUGCAUCGAUCGUAGCGUCGAAUAUGCAAAUAGGCGUCAAGUCUUUGGGAAGCCUUUAUCAAGGAACCAGGCCAUCCAGUGGCCGCUUGUGGAGCUGUCCACGCAGGCUGAAAUGCUGAGGCUCCUGAUACUACGGACGGCGGUGGAAAUGGACAAGGUGGAUUCAGAAGCCAGGGCUGUAGGCAUUUCUCCUUGGGUCGCCAUCGAGAAACGGCUGGGACACAAGAUUGGAAUGUGCAACUACUAUGCUGCUCGUCUAGCUUGCCAGGCAGCCGAUCGGGCCAUGCAGAUCCACGGCGGCAACGGGUACUCUCGACAUUACCCUUUUGAGCAUAUGUGGCGCCAUUUCAGGCGAUACCGAAUCACUGAAGGCAGCGAAGAGGUCCAAAUUCGCAAGGUAGCGGCGUAUCUAUUCGGGUACAAAACAACUGGGGAGGAGGUGCAAGUGAAGCAGAAUGAUGCUAAGCUAUGA